UGAAGAUGGAUGAAGGUGUAGAAAUUUCAAGUGAUGGAAAUUCCCUGAUCAAAGCAGUCCAUCAGAGCCGGCUUCGCCUCACAAGACUCUUGCUAGAAGGUGGUGCCUACAUUAAUGAGAGCAAUGACCGUGGGGAAACACCUUUAAUGAUCGCUUGUAAGACCAAACAUGUUGAUCACCAAAGUGUCAGUAAAGCCAAAAUGGUUAAAUACCUGUUAGAAAACAAUGCUGACCCCAACAUACAGGACAAAUCUGGGAAAACUGCUUUGAUGCAUGCUUGCUUAGAAAAAGCCGGUCCUGAAGUUGUUUCUUUGCUCCUAAACAGUGGGGCUGAUCUCAGCUUGCAAGAUCAUUCUAGUUACUCGGCCCUUGUUUAUGCUAUAAAUUCAGAGGAUAGAGAGACCCUGAAAGUUCUACUUAGUGCUUUCAAGGCAAAAGGGAAAGAGGUCAUUAUUAUAACAACAGCAAAAUCACCCUCUGGCAGGCACACUACCAAACAGUACUUAAAUAUGCCUCCUGUAGAUAUAGAUGGGUGUCAUUCCCCAGCCUCCUGUGCCACUCCAUCAGAAAUAGACAUAAAAACAGCUUCGUUGCCACCUACACAUUCUUCUGAAACUGAAAUGACACUUUUUGGCUUAAAAGGUCUGGAGCUCUCGGGAAGUAGUGACGACACACAGGACCCAGGCUCCCCUGUGAGGAAGCCUGCCAUGGCCUCUAAUGGGCCCAAGCUACACCAGGCUCCAACCUGGAUCAAGAGUCCUCCCUUAUUCGUGCACCAAAACAGAGUGGCCUCCUUGCAAGAGGAGCUUCAGGAUAUUACGCCAGAGGAAGAAUUAUCCUACAAAACCAAUGGGCUGGCACUUUCCAAGCGAUUCAUCACUAGGCACCAAAGUAUUGAUGUAAAAGACACUGCACAUUUGCUGAGAGCCUUAGAUCAGGCCAGCUCGAGAAAGAUGUCAUAUGAUGAAAUAAAUUAUCAAUCAUUUUUUUCAGAAGGAAAUCAGCAAUGCAUUGAAAUCCCUGCUGACCCAGAUCCAGAUUCUAACCAGACGAUAUUUGCUUCCACCUUAAAAAGUAUAGUUCAAAAAAGAAACUCAGGGGCAAAUCAUUACAGCUCUGAUUCCCAGCUCUCAGCUGGUCUUACCCCUGCAACUUUAGAAGACGGCAAAGCACUUAUAGGAAAGAAAAAGAUCCUCUCACCAUCUCCUUCCCUGUUGUCAGGGCCCAAAGAAUUGUUGGAGAAUAUAUCUUCAGGUCCCUUGAGUAGGAGAAAUCAUGCACUUUUAGAAAGGCGUGGUUCAGGAGCUUUCCCUUUAGAUCACAAUGUUACGCAAGCCAGACCGGGAUUUCUGCCACCCUUAAAUGUGAAUCCUCAUCCGCCCAUCUCAGAUAUCAAUGUCAAUAAUAAGAUUUCUAGCCUCCUUUCUUGUGGUCAGAAAGUGCUUAUGCCAACAGUUCCUAUGUUCCCCAAAGAAUUCAAAAGUAAAAAAAUGUUGUUGAGGAGACAGUCAUUGCAAACAGAACAAAUUAAGCAAUUAGUAAAUUUUUAAGAGAUGACUAGAAAGCACAUUCUGUUCAAAUGUCUACAUCAGAGAAAUACAGAACCAGAGAAGAAAUUUCAAAUGUUCAUCUUUUAAAAUAUUGUAAUUGGAUAGUCUGUACUUGUUAGAGGUAUCAAAAUAUACUGUGUAUCCUA